GACUGCGCUAGGGGGAGACUCUUACUUGGUCGUGGCUAACACCGACAGAAUUACUGUCGACUGAAGAUAUAUCUACAAGGUCCGCCUUUAUACAGCCAUAAUGACUACGUCAGCAGAUGUCCAUGUACACCUUGGUGGUCAGUUUGGCUACCAGAAUGUCCACGUACACACAUCCAAGGUCCUGGGGACAGGUUCCUAUGGGAGUGUGGUCAAGGCCACUCUGGACCACCUCCCCUGUGCCGCCAAGAUCCUUCACACCAUCUUCUUCCGAGACGACGACCCAGGGGCUGUGGACUUUGCCGCUCGUUUCGACCAGGAGUGCGACAUCCUGCGAUCUCUGAAGCAUCCCUGCAUCGUCCAGUUCCUCGGUGUGGUCCAGGACCCGAGCAACCGCAGACCCAUUCUCCUGAUGGAGCUGAUGGACGAGAGCCUGACCGGGUUCCUUGAGAGAGCCACGACCUCCCUCCCGUACCACGUCCAGGUCAACAUCACCCACGACAUUGCUCUGGCCUUGGCCUACCUGCACGGCAAUAGCAUCAUCCACCGCGACCUCUCCAGCAACAACAUCCUCCUGAGGGGAGGAGGCAGUCAGGCCAAAGUGACCGACUUUGGCAUGUCCAAGAUGGUGGAGGCCAAUCCUCGCAUGACUCGCAGUAAGAUCACCCAGUGCCCCGGCACACCUGUCUUCAUGCCUCCAGAGGCCCUGCGUGCCAAGCCUCGCUACUCCGACAAGCUGGACACCUUCUCUCUGGGUGUUGUGACGGUUCAGAUCAUCACUCGCUGCUUCCCCACACCCACAGAUGCUGAGAUAGUGGUGGAGGAUGACUCAGAGCCAACCGGGCAAAGAGUCACACUCGUUCCUGAACUACAGCGACGUCAGAGAGACAUAGGGAAGGUUCCUCCCGACCAUGGUCUCCUGCCCACUGCCCUCCACUGCCUCAAGGACAGACCUAGAGACAGACCCAGUGCUGCCCAGCUCUGCCAGAGUCUGGGGCAGCUGAAGACGGCUGAGGCCUACACAGCCAGUGAGGCAGAGGACCAGGGGAGGAGACUGGAGCAGCAGCUACGACUGAAGGAGGAGGAGAAGGAGGCAGAGAUUGCUCGUCUCCAGGAGCAGAUGAGGCAGUUGACCACUGAGAAGGAUCAUCUGGCAUCACAAAAACAGAGGGAGAUAGCGGAGUUGAGAAGUCAACUGCAGACGUCACACAAACCACCAGUUCAGCGAGGGAGGGAAGCAAUGACUGUCUCUAGGCCCAAGGAUGAGAAAGCUCUGUAUGAUGCUGCUCAUGGUGGAGAUGUGUCUGCAGUGACAAGACUUCUGGCCUCUAAUGUCAACAUCAACUGUACACCAUAUCCUAAUGGCUGGACUCCACUGAUGACAGCAUCAUUUGAUGGACAUGUUGAAAUUGUGAGACUACUGAUUGAGGCUAAGGCCCAGCUCAACAUACGGGGAAAGGAGUUAGGUGCCACAGCUCUUCACAUGGCAGCUCAAGAAGGCAAAGCUGAUGUAGUGAGACUACUGACUGAGGCUGGGGCACAGCUGGACAUACAGAGAACAAGUGGGGCAACUCCUCUCUUCAUGGCCUGUCAGAAUGGACACAGUGAUGUAGUGGAGAUCCUGAUAAGGAAUGGAGCUAAUGUCAACCUGCCUCGUGAUGAUGGGACGACUCCUCUCUACAUGCCAGUCAAAAUGGACACAGUGAAGUGGUGAAUAUCCUACUGAGGAAUGGAGCUGGUGUGGAUAGAGCUAUGAACGUAAGUCAAUCAUCAGUCACUGCAUGACAAUCUUCAGUCGUUUACUGUACCAGUGCAGUCAGUCACAUCUAACUUUACUGUUAGUUGUCCUACCCAUCCUCUCUCAUUUUUUGGGACAUAAUAUUCUACCACCCUUCUUCAGUCCCAAACACAGACCACUGAGUAUGGUUGCCAACAAGGUUAUAGAUGGCAUAUGGACCAAGUACUGUAACCCUCACCAAAGAUUGAAGCAUUAGUUUUUGCAGAGUGUGCCUUCUCCUGGGGAGUGGUUAAGGUUCCCUUGAAAACACAUCUCAUAUUACUCUCUCAUUCCUAGUGAUGUUGAUAUCUACUGUUUAGGGACUUCUAGAAUCAUACUGCUUCAAUGUAAGGAAAGGUGUAGCUAAGUGUCUCACGUACUGGAGCAAUACAUUCACCUCUGCCUGAUAUGGCAUAGUCUAAAUGACUAGACAAAAUUAGCCUUGUUCCCAGGUUCUCCAUCUCCGCACACAGUUAUAAUGUAUGACUGGAGGGGGUUCAAAGGUCAAGUUAUGCAUGGAGAGGCGAGCCUUGGAACAAGGCUAAGACAGAAUGGUGGCAGUGACACAGUACAUACUAUCUCCUGCUUCUGAAAUGGCCUAGCAAACUGCUAAUUUACAAUCAUGGCUUUCUGUUUUUCUCACAGACUGGGUCGACUCCUCUAUAUAUGGCAUGUCGACAGGGACACAUUGAUGUGGUGAAUAUCCUGCUAGCAAAUGGAGCAGAUGUGAACCUAACUGGAUUCAAGGGAAGGAGACCCAUUGAUGCUGCCAGACUCAAAGGACACUCUGAUAUUGUCUGUCUACUGGAGAAGAGAGGACAUUAGUCACUUUACUUUGUUAUAGUUAUACAUGUAGCUAGCUACUAUGUAGGUAAAAGGUUUUUGGCUGAUCUCAGUGUCCUGCUGCUU